ACGUUUUCAUCUCUGCUUUAUUUCAAUAUUUUAUAACUAUAAUACCAUCAACUUGUAGGAAAGAUCCCGGCAGUUUCCAAGGGCAAAAAAUUCAACUUUUGUGCCUUAUCAGAUCAAUAAGACUUCAGUACACAGAAACUCAAAGAUCAGAACAGAUCCAUUAUCAAAAAAUUAUCAAGAUUUGUGAAGCAUGGUUGAUGCUGUAGUUUCAUUUGUGGUAGGAAGGCUUGGAGACCACAUCAUACAAGAAGCAGGGUUCCUAAGAGAAGUGAAAGAUGAAGUGCUGUUGCUAAGGAAUGAGCUUGAAUGGAUGCAAUGUUUCAUCAAGGAUGCUGAACAGAAGCAAGUUGAAGAUGCUAUGAUUCGCAAAUGGGUGUCUGAUAUCAGAGACAUUGCUUAUGAUACUGAAGAUGUCUUGGAUUCAUAUCUGCUCAAACGCGGUCGAGGACAAACUCUGAAUCACAACCAAGGAUUUCUUGCUUCAAUCAAGAAAUGUUCUUGCAUAUUCGGUCAGGAAAAGAUUGAUUUGUAUGGCGUAGGUAAGAAGAUUGAAACAAUUCGGAAGAGAAUCAGUGAUCUAUCUCGCAAACGAGAAAUCUACCGCCUUGAGGACAUCGGUAACAAGGGAGAAGGAUCGAGCAAUAGCCUUGGCAAAUUGAAAGAACUAAGAAGGGUCACUUCCUUUGUGGUUGAAGAGAAUGUUAUUGGCUUUGAGGAUGACGCUAAAGUAUUGUUGGGUAAACUUCUUGAGGAUGAACCAAGGCUUUUUGUGACUUCAAUCUUGGGUAUGGGAGGUUUAGGCAAAACCACUCUAGCUAAAAAGCUUUACCACAACAGUGUUGUCGUGAAUAAAUUCCAUCAUCGAGCUUGGGUUUCUGUUUCUCAAGAUUACAAAACAGAAGAUCUUCUUCGGAGAAUUAUAAAAUCAUUUCGGAUUAGCUGUUCGACAAUUGACUUAGAAAAGAUGAAUACAGAAGAUCUGGAGAGACAUCUUCACGAUUCAUUGCUGGAACACUCUUACUUGGUGGUGAUUGAUGAUGUGUGGCAAAAGGAAGCAUGGGAGAGCUUGAAAAGAUCCUUUCCAGACAGCAAUAAUGGAAGCAGAGUAAUUAUCACCACUCGCAUCAAAGACGUAGCAGAGCGUUCAGACGAGAGAACCCAUGUCCACAAACUUCGAUUCCUAAGCCAAGAUGAGAGUUGGAAGCUGUUUUCGGAAAAAGCCUUUCGAAAAUUUACUAUAGAUGAAGGACUCGAAGAGUUGGGAAGAGAGAUGGUGCAAAAAUGCGGUGGCCUACCACUUGCUAUAGUUGUAUUAAGGGGGCUUUUGUCUACCAAGAAACCACAGGAAUGGCAUAUGGUGCGUGAUCAGAUUUGGCGACAUUUGAGAAAUGAUUCGAUUUAUGUUUCUUAUCUAUUAGAUUUGAGUUUCGGUAAUUUGUCUUAUCAAUUGAAGUUGUGCUUUCUUUACCUAUCUAUCUACCCCGAGGACUAUGAAAUUUCGGUGGCAGAACUAAUCCGGCUAUUGGUGGCAGAAGGUUUCAUAAAGCAAGAGGAAGAUCAAGUAAUGGAAGAUGUGGCUAAAAAUCACCUGGAUGAGUUGAUUAACAGAAGCUUGAUUCAAAUAGACACAGUAUAUCAUGGAAGAGUUAUAACAUGUCGAGUCCAUGAUCUUUUACGGGAUCUCGCCAUUGAAAAGGCGAAAGAGCUAAACUUUGUUUACAAUUACAAUGAAAUUGCUCAUUCAAAUGGCUUUUCUGUUGAAGCUAUGAAGCUGUGA